AACAUACACAUAUCUUUAAAUUUUAGAAAGAUUCACCGCUAGUUUGUAUGGUCCAAGGAUGGACACUACGCACCCCUAUCUUUCCACGACCGUAAUGCAUAUGGCGUGGCUGCAGCCACCAAUCACAACUGGACUGAACAUAUCAUGGCUACGACAACAACAACCUCGCCUUUUGUCUUUCUGAAAUGUCACACCUCACCGCCUUGUCACACCGAAACAUUGUUCACCCGCACAAGUUACAAAGCCAUAAAGCCUCAAUCUCAAACUGAUGAUGUCCGAGAGGAACAAGUUGUGGUCGUGGGUGCUGGGAUCGCCGACCUUGCAACUGCUCUGUCCCUUCAUAGGCUUGGAGUUCUGUCCCUGGUGCUGGAGCAGGCAGAGUCACUUCGAACCGGUGGAACUUCACUCACCCUUUUCAAAAACGGAUGGAUGGUACUUGAUGCAAUUGGUGCAGCUAAUGAUCUCAGAACUCAAUUCUUAGAAAUUCAAGGGAUGGUGGUGAAGUCCGUGGAUGGGAGGGAACUACGCGCCUUCAAUUUCAAACAAGAGGAUCAAAGCCAAGAGGUACGUGCAGUUGAGAGGAGAGUGCUUUUGGAAACCUUGGCUAGUCAGCUACCUCGGGAUAGCGUUCAAUAUUCUUCACAAUUGCAAAGGAUUGAAGCCAGUCCAAACGGGGAUACCUUGUUGGAACUUGUGGAUGGGUCUAAGCUGCUUGCAAGGAUUGUGAUAGAGUGCGAUGGAAUUCGAUCACCAAUAGCUAAAUGGAUGGGGUUUCCUGAGCCCAAGUAUGUUGGACUUGCAUCUUAUCCAGAUGCACAAUAUUUUGGACCAAGAGUGAAUUACAUCUACGGAAGAAGGUUGCGCGCUGGCUUUGUUCCUGUUUCUCCAACCAAAGUUUACUGGUUCAUCUGCUUCAAUAGUCCAUCUCCUGGUCCAACAAUAACUGAUUCAUUGGAGUUGAAGAAGCAAGCUAAGGAACUGGUGAAGAAUUGGCCUUCAGAGCUAUUGAACAUGGUUGAUUCUACGCCAGAUGACACUGUCAUUAAGACUCCAUUGGUAGAUAGGUGGCUUUGGCCAGCCAUAAGUCCUGCUUCUGCAGGAAGAGUUGUGGUGGUUGGAGAUGCUUGGCAUCCAAUGACUCCAAAUCUAGGGCAAGGAGCUUGUUGUGCACUUGAGGAUUCAGUGGUUCUUGCUAAAAAGCUUGCCAGAGCCAUCAAUGUCUGAUGACCCAUUGUGGAAGAAGCUUUCAGGCCAUAUGGCACUGAAAGAUGGCCCCGUGUAUUCCCACUAACCAUAAGUGCGAACCUUGUGGGUUCGGCUUUGCAGUUGGAGAACCCAGUGGUGUGUUCUGUUAGGAACAAUAUUGUCAUACCUAAGCUAGUCAGUCUCGGGCCAUUGCUGGAGCAUACAAAUUUUACCUGUGAGGGUCUAUAAACAAGACAAAGCAAGGCUGGCAAUGACAAGUACAUUGAAACAUGUAGUUGCCAAGAGUUUCAUUUCUGUUCAAUAUAUAUACUGCAUUUAAUGGGUGUAAAGAGAUAAGUUUAUGUUCAUUACUCUAUAGGUUGUAAACAUUGUAUUUAACCGAUCUUUAAUAAGUACAUUAAACACUUUAUGAGAACUUCUCCAUUUUUCUGUUACGU